AUGGAUGACUUGAAAAGACUUGACCGCGAUCUAAAAUCAAGGGAGACAUAUCUUGUAGUGAUAGAAACCCUCGUAAUGUUUUUGGUCACAACGGUGGCUUUUCUCGGUAACUUGCUGACGUUAGUGGUGGCUCUACGAUCGCCCAGGCUACGAACAAUUCCGAACAAAUUCAUCGUAUCACUGGCACUAUCAGAUAUGUUAAUGGUUAUGCCGGCAAUCCCUUUGAAUACAUCAGUUUUGAUAAGAAGUGAAUGGUCUUUCGAUCAUGCAAUGUGUCAAUUCAAAGGAUAUCUUGGUAAUGCCGUUGCCUUCGCCUCAUCUGAAACCCUAGCGCUGGUGUCACUCGACAGAUUUUACCAUAUCGUGAAACCGAACGAUUACCGACGACUUUUCACAGCGCGGAGGACUUCAUUAAUGUUAUUAGCCGCGUGGAUGAUUGCCUUCUUGGCUCAGUUGCCUUAUGUUGCUACCGGGCAUACAUACAGCUUUCAUCCUGGAAAAACAUAUUGUAACCAAGACGGCAAAGAACCAUUUUUUAUAACUUUGAUUUUGAUUUUUGGAGGUAUCACUAUGAGUGUUUUAUCUUACUGCAGUUUUAGGAUAUUUCUGACGGUGCGCGCGCAUAAAAACUCUAGCGGAGUCCAUACCAGAGCAAAUGUGGAAGAAAUAAAAGUUUCCAGAAUUCUCCUGGUCAUGGUACUCGCGAAUGUCAUCUGUUUCGUGCCUGGUAUAGUUAUAGAAACCCUUGACUUUGUUAGAAAUGGCUCUAAUCAACCAAGACAGGUGUACUUGUUAUAUUCAAUUACGGCGACCAUGUCAAGUUCUAUCAACCCAAUUAUUUAUGGAGCCUGA